CUGUUCACGACAAGAAUCCACCAAGAUAUCGCUCUAGGGAGGAUGGCCUGCACAGUGUUGCCGAGUCAAAGUUUCGCUAUACUGUCUUCGCUAACUGUCCCCUGCACAUCAUAAAGUUGCCGGAUAUGAAGCUCUUGGAAAGAAGUGCAGUAGUGAAGCAUCUCGUCUUGACGAGACUCGAGAAUGUGGUGCAGCAAAUCAGCACAAUGGAGCAACAAAAACAUUCAAACCCAACUAAUCUGGCCACGAUGGAUCAAUAUACAUGGUGGGAGGUGUGCAACUCUGCCAUCGGGUGAAUGGGUAGAGGAGAUCACAAAAUUUGCCAUCCUGUCACAUACAUGGGAAGCGGACGAAGUAUUGACAAAUCCAGUAGUUGCAGAACUGGAUGAAUCGAUCCGUUCAAUGUUCACAUGGUAUCGCAAUGCACAUGUUUGCAUUGUUUAUGUGGGCCAAGCACAGUCACUGCUCGACCUCGCUACCAAUCACUGGUUCACGCAAGAGCGGACCUUGCAGGAGCUCCUUGCGCCGUCACGAUUAAAGUUCUAUAACAGGACUGGUAUCUGCUUACUGACUUCCAGAACGACAAGAUAAGUGACCCGGAUGUCAGAAAACUCAGUGGUGGAACCUACUCUCUCCAGUC